UAUAAAACAUUUAAAAAAUGCAGGUACAUCAUGAUAGACUAAAAGGCAGAGAACUUAAAAUUAUACCUGAAGACAGAAAAAUGCCUGGCCUACAGAGUGAAGGAACAGCAGCUAACGGCAGUCCAGUAAAGAAGAACAGACUGUCUCUCAAGUUUUUCCACAAGAAGGAGACAAAACGUGCCUUAGACUUCACUGAUGCACAACCAGAAGACCAGAAACAUACAGAACCAGAAGCACCCGAAAGUUGUGACCAGGUCGUGCCCGCCCCUCAGCCAUCGUCCCCUCUUACCUGUGAGCGAAGAGAGAGCCUAGUACCUUUUGUUGGGUUGAACAAUCUGGGGAACACCUGCUACCUGAACAGCAUUCUGCAGGUGCUGUACUACUGCCCUGGGUUUAAAGAUGGGAUUAAAACAUUGUACAGCUUGCUGUCAAAGACGAAAGAGAAUCUGAACAACAAUGCUGACAAAAAUGAAGAGCAUCAGGCAGGUCCUGAGGAGGUCUUGCCUGUGAACGUGGAACUGCUCAGCAGCUUUCAUAGCUUGAUCCUGUCUCUAGAGCAGCUUCAGUCCAGCUUCCUGCUCAAUCCUGACAAAUACAGCGAUGGGGAGCUGGCCACACCUCCCCGCAGACUGCUCAGCAUAUUGCGGCAGCUGAACCCCAUGUAUGAGGGAUACUUGCAGCAUGAUGCCCAGGAGGUGCUCCAGUGCAUUCUGGGAUACAUCGAAGAAGCUUGUGAGACCAUCAAGAAGGAGCACAAAAGUCAUGAGACUGAUGACCAGCAGGCAGGGCAGGCCAAGGUAAAAGAGGAAGGGCUGGAAAGUGCUGUCCACGAGGCCAGCAGCAGUACCACUCACAGCACUAGUGACAGUCCACAAACCAGGGAGGCAGCAAAAGACCCAGAACAGGAGGAAAAUCUGGAUGGUCAAGUCACCGGGAAGAGGAAGAGUGACACCGAGGUAGGCAAUGCCAAAAAGAAGUCAAAAUCCCUCAAGGUGAAAAAAUCGGAAGAGGAGAGCAAGCACUUCACCCGCUCCAAAAGGAAGUCUUCCAGCGACAUCAGCGCGGAGAGCUCCAAAGAGGAGCACAACGAGGAGAGCGACUCCGAAGGAAAGAACGACGGCGCGUCCAAAGCGCCCACCAAGAGGAAGAGGCGCUCCCGGCUGAGCUGGCUGAAGCCCUCGGGGAAGCAGCCCAGCAUCUUCUCCAAGUUCCGCAGCAUGGGCAGGCUCAGCUCCCACGCGGGAGGGAAAGCUGAAGCCGGGGACGACCAGGAGGGAGGAGAUUCCCUCGCCUCCAAGAAGGAUGAGGACACCAAGGGCGACGAGACGUCCGAGGGGAAAGGAAAGAUGACGAAUGAAGCGGCGUGCGGCUUUGACCUGAUGGAGCGGAUGUUCCAGGGUCAGCUGGUCCUGCGGACUCGCUGCCUGGAAUGCGAGUGCUACACGGAGAGGAGGGAGGACUUCCAGAACAUCAGUGUGCCUGUGCAGGAGGACGAGCCCUCCCCGGCCGACAGCGGCUCCGAGAUCUCUCCAGACCCCAAGUUGGAGCUGAAGACCCUGAAGUGGGCCAUCUCCCAGUUUGCUUCUGUGGAGAGAAUAGUGGGGCAAGACAAGUACUUCUGUGAGACCUGCCAUCACUACACUGAAGCAGAGAGGAGCCUCUUAUUUGAUAAAACCCCUGAGGUUGUAACAAUCCAUCUCAAAUGCUUUGCAGCAAACAGUUCGGAGAUCCACCCUUAUGCAGGCCUCUCCAAGGUGAACACCCCUCUGCUGACCCCUCUGAAGCUGUCCCUGGAGGAGUGGUGCAGCAGGCCGUCUAAGGAGCACUAUGAACUGUUUGCCGUGGUCAUGCACAGCGGGGUCACCAUCAGCAGCGGUCACUACACUGCCUUUAUCAAGAUGAUGGAUCUGAAGGACGUGAAGCUGCAGCAGCAGGUCGAGCUGGUGGAGAACAUGAAGGAAGAGGCCCAGGCCUACGGCCCAGAGGAGUACGAUGAUGGCGAGGUCUCCUUCAGCUUCGGCCCAAAGCCCCACGUUGCCACCGCUGGAAAAGUGGGUAACAAGAAGCCCUCAGAUGGGGUGGGGCUUUUGGGAGGACAGAGGAGUGUCUCCAGCUUUGAGCUGGGGGGCAGCAAGCAGGCCAACCCAGACAAGGCUGCCGCGACUGACUGUGUGAAAACCGAGCGGACAGGCAGGGGCCCGGGAGACGAUGUGGUCAAAAAGGAGGGGGGUAGAGGGAACCCCAGUGUUAACGCUGAUGCGGAGGGGGGCGUGGUGUCCACAGAGACCACCUACGACCUGGCCCUGCGCAGUCUGUUGGACUAUGAGGGGAAAUGGAUGCUGUUUGACGACUCAGAGGUGAGGCUGUUUGAAGAGAAGGACUUUCUGAAUGCCUGCUCUCCAGAGACAUGCUCAACAUCCACCCCCUACCUUCUUUUCUACAAAAAAGUCUGUCAAGAAUAAAGCGAGUUAGUCUGCCAUCUUACCAUGUCUCUGGUUUUGCAUUUCUCCAGCUUGACAGUUGGUGAUUUUUAUAGCCCAUGCCAAGUGUGACACCCCAUGUCAGAUGUGUCCUUUUGUGCAGUUUGUGAGCAGUUUUUGAACAGUUUGUUUGGUUAUUUAGUUUGUACAGCACUUUGGCAUGGUUAUGGCUUCUAAGAUGCAUUGUAAGAUGGCAUUCAAAAUUUUCUGUUUUUGGAGUAUAAAUGUAUAUUUUCUCAUGCACCUUUUUUCCAUUUUAGAUUUCUACAAAAAGUGCAUUUAUUCUUGUACACUUGUCAGCUCUACUUUCAGCCUCUACAUCAGGGAACAUUGUAACAUACAUGAAAGUGAACCACUACUGUAAAUAAAGGUUUUAGAUUUUACCCAUACUAACCUGUAACUGCAAUGACUGACAUACAAAACGUAUAGUGCAAUAAACCCAAGGAUAAUCAAACUAGAAA